AUGGGGCGAAGUGUCCGACAUUCGUUAAUAUAGCCCUCAAGCGCCCCAUAUAUCGAGUCGAAUAAUGGCGCGAUGAUCGAAUUGGGAAAGACCCUUCGUUGUGUUGCUCAAUCCUGAAAUCGACCGAUUUCGUAACACCAUGCAUCCAUGGAGGUAAAUAGUAGUUACUGGUUUUGGUGUGACGUUUCGUGUUUUUCAUUUGCGGCGCGGCGCGACGCGACGCGAGCUUGGAUUAAAUUUUGCAUUGCAAAAAGUGGGCCAAGACUUUUGACUUUUGUGUAUUAUCAAUAGAUCAAUACAUUACUAUUAGACCUAGUAUUAUCAUGAUUAUAGGCUAUUCUUGCACGAAGUUGACAUGAUGGUGGAUCUCCCCGUUAAAGUUUGGAUUUGCCACAGCCGUCCCCCCUCAUGGCUGUGGUGGCUGGUAUUCUGUGCCUGUUUUCUACAGUCUACGUCGCUGCCUGUUUCAAAUCAAAAUGAACCAAGUGAUGAAGACAAAAGAUGUUUUUCCAAGUUUGGUUCCAAUUACGUAUAUGAGGAGGUACUGGGGACGUGUGAAUCAUGCCGCACCUGCGAGUGUGGUUACAUUGCAACGAAUCCGCACUGUGUGAAGUGCGUAGAUUUUGGAAUUCUGAACUGCCAAACCACUGCUCUGGUCACUGGCACUACACAGCAGGAAUCCCCACAGACAUCUAUGGAGACAAUGAUUGAGCCAACAUCAACAGGGUCGACCACUUUCAUGACAACAACACUGCCAACACUGCCAACAUCCACUGCCGAGACCAACGAGGGCAACUCAACCUGGAAGAUUGUCGUAGGAGUGAGCGUUGGAGGUACCAUUCUUGGGAUUGCAGUCCUGUAUGCAGUGUUGAAAUGUUGUCGCUGUAAAAAAGCACCCGGGGGUACACAAGAAACACAGCCCCCAGAGGAGACUCAUCCGAUGACAGGCCGCCCUCAGGAAUCAUCUGUCUAGGUUUGAUCAAAUCUGUCUCAACUGUACUAAGAUGAGGAAGACAGCGUGGGAUACCACCCAACUUUCUGCCAAAUUACGUACUGUAAAAAUAAGUUGACAGUUUUAACAAAGGGAUUAUGGUGGACAAAAUAUUGUGAAUAAAAUAAGAAAAGUUAAUGUUCCUUCAAUUCAUUGUGCAGCUGUGCGCCAAACAACUCAGUAAAUCAUUAGAAACAAAAUACCAAAAUAAAAAGCUUGCUUGGAUUUUACACAGUUUAUGCAUACCUGGAAGUUGACAUAAUUCUUUAUGAUGUUAACAGUUUUUGGUUCUUGGUAAAUGCCUGUCUUACUGAAGCAUGUACAUGUAGGUCUAGAAUUCAU